AAAAUACAAAAAAAUCUCCAUUCACAAAUUUUAACUUCAACUCAACCAAAAAAAAUCUAUUUUCCUCUCAUCUUCUCAAAUCUCAUUCAUCCCAAUGGGACCAAUAGUAUUAACCCAGCUGGCAACCGGUCUCAGCGUCCUAGCCGGAGCGGCUCUGGUUAAAUCGAUCAUGGAUCAAAAGCCCAUGGCCGGUCCUUUCUCACGUUGCCCCACUUGCAACGGAACGGGUCGGAUUAAUUGUUUAUGCUCCCGGUGGUCGGAUAGAGAUGUGGGUUGUCGGACUUGCGCUGGCUCCGGUCAUAUGGCGUGUAGUAGUUGUGGUGGGUCUGGUACUGGACGGCCACUUCCUGUUCGGAUAGCGGCCCGACCUCCUCCUUCGAACGGAUCUUUUUGACCCGAUUUGUGGUAUAUAGAGUUGAAAGUUGCUUCCUCCAUCUCUGUACUAUGUUUUUGUAAAUUUUCUUGCUGAAAAAUUACAAGAAUUAGAUUGAUUAGUAGAUUGUAAGUAUCGGUUAUUAUAUGGUUUCUGAUAAUUCAUAUAAAAUUAUCAAUUUUUA